CGGCUUCUCGCGGCUGCACAACUCGUGUUGCCGACGAGCCGCCUUCCAAGAUGACCGACUUUGAGAGGAACAUUCUCAAUCACUACAAUAUCCCAUCUGCAUUUCCUGAAGAGUGGCCCAAGGAGUUGGACGAGAGCGACGAUGAAGAUACUAUCAUCUCCGACACUCUUGGGGUCAGACGUUCUCGAUCCAGGUAUUCCGCACUAGAGCGCAGUGCCAGCGAGAGAAAAAGCUUGCUCCCAGGGUCCCAGAAGACCGGUGAAGGCAAAGCCAAUCUGGUGCAAAAGGACGAACCGGAUCCCCUAGGCGCCAACUCCAGCGUGGUGACAUCUUUACGAAGUCGGGGUCUUCCAGUCGAACAAGACACUCGCCUUCGCAAUAAGUUCAUGUUAUCGUCAACCACCUUUUCCCCUGCCCUCUUCUUGUCUCAAUCUCAUUCAGACGCUUCGACUGAGGAUUUACUCCGAGGCUUACAGUACUUGACGAGGUCCAUUGAUCAGAAAUCGGCUUCUCUCAAGGUCUUGGUCGAGACGAAUUUUGAACGUUUUGUUCGUGCUAAAGCCACCAUUGAUAAUGUAUACACCGAGAUGCGAAACCAGGGCGUGGAUCCCUCAGCUGUCGCUGCCGCUGCCGCCGCCGCCGCUGCGCCAUUGUCUCCUCGCCACUCCCGCCGAACCAGUGGUAUUCACUUUCGAAACAUCAGCAGCGGAAGUGCCGCAGGGAUGCAGAAUCCAGCCCCCGUUGUCACUCCAAGCAAAAAUGCCCUCCGUAAGGAGACCGACUACGGCGUCCAAGGCAUUAGAGGUCCGCUGCUGGAAGUCUCUCAAAAGGCUGAUGAAGUCUGGGGACCCGCUCUAGGGGGCAAAGAAAGGGAAGGAAAUCUCAAAUCUAUCGCUGACGCCAUCACCAAGGACCGGGCUUUAUACGAUCUGGGCUCCAACCUCUUCGAAGCCAUCAAGCAAAAGGAUUACAGCACGGCGGUCCAACUCUACAACUCUGCUCGACAGUACGUCGUCGAUGCGAGGGCUCUGAGUGACAGUGUCGUUGAAAAAGGACGCACCCUGAACGAUGAAGAAGUCCAUAGGAUUCUUGUGAUUGGAAGAAUGUGGGCUGAUGCUGAUAAUCAAAUCAAAUCACUGAAGAGGGAUGUCUGGCGGAGGUUGUCCAAUGUCUCAUCAGCAUUGCCUUUUCCCGGCUUUUCCCAAACCGAAGAGCACAUGGAAAUGAUCAAUGUACUUUUGGAUCUCGGAGUGGAGGAAAGCCCGAUCUGGGUUUACCUCCUCAGCCGGUACGACUACUUGAAGAACAAAAUAUCGGCAGUGGUCGAAAGGUCCAAGAUUGAGAUUGAAAUACUUCGACGUCGACUCGCUGCCAGCGACAAGCCUUCAGCACAGACGGUGGCUGCCUUCCUUCGCCAGGCUACCAAGGACAGCUCGGCAGCUCUCGAUACUGAAGAUGUCAUCGACUUUUGGGAUUGUAUCCUCACGUAUUUUACUAAACUACUCUCCCUGUCGAGCGGCCUCCUUGGUGAAGUGGUCGAUUUUUGGGACUCCGCUCAAGCCUUUAUUGAUGGCACCAGGCAGCGAAGUCUACCCACAGGAUUUCAAGGCGAGAGCAGCAAACAUCACCAGUUGUCUGAUACGGAGGUCAGCGGUCUGCGUAGUGGCGCCGUCGACCUAGUGACCCUCAUCCGAGACGCAGUCAAUUCUCUACUUGCCGACCCUCCCACUGAAGACAUCUCCGCUCUUUUCUCCCCUAUCCCUGGUUCUGCUCAGACACCCACCACUCCUCUUGCUCCGACAGCAUUCUCGCCAACCGAUGGUCGCAUUGGCAGGCUGGACCCUCAAAAUCUUCCCGCAGCGGCUGUCAAGAAAGGAGAACCAUGGGAGGAUUUUGCCUUCUGGCCGUCUCACUCCAAUUCACUUGCCGCUGUCAAAUAUCUCUCGCAGAUUCUAAAAUUAUUGGGCAUUGCCGUAGGAGAAAUGGCAGUGUUGCGCCCUGUCUCAACCAAUAGUCCAGUCGUGGUGGAAAAGAUCAAGUCCAUGAUUUCCAACGCUCGAGACCGGUGUCUACGAGCACUUUGUGAAGCUUGGAGCAAGGAUGCCGAAUGUUGCAGAUAUCUUGAAGAAUGGGUCAGGGCACCUGAUAAACGCGAUCAGACACGACUGCCCUUGUACUUUGAACAGUUUGAGACCAAGGUCUUGCUCGGCAUGCAACAAGUCAUGUAUUUCUCCGACUCCAACUCCAGCUCCAAGCCCGGUCGAGAUAUCAUCGCCCCACCACCGUCCAAGCACCUUCAAAUGGCCAGAACACAGUUUGUCAGCAGCAUCUACAAGGCUGUCAGUGGCAUGCUCGAAAACGCCGAGGAUGCAGGUGCAAGCCAAGAAGAUGAAUGGGUUUUGGUGUCUAGCCUCGAAGCGGUUGCGGAUGGCGGCGGUCCAAAUGAGCUGCUAACCCAUGAAGCCAUUAAUGUCUCCAGUCGCAAUGUACGCAUGUUGUUGACCAUGUCCAACCUUAAAGCGUUGCGCAACGAGCACAUCCCCAAUCUGAUCCAACUUUUUGAAACAUCAUUCUCUGUCAAAUUGACCGAUGAGUCUAAGACAAUCCGCGAUGUGCUUGGCCAGAUCGAUGCAAAGCUUUUUCGUUCGUAUACCCGCCCGAUUGUGGCGCAUUUGACCAAGGUCAUCAAGGAAGGCAUCAAGGAUCCAUCAUGGGCGCCGAAAUCGUCACGACCAACCCAGGUUAGACCGUAUGUCUACGCAAGUUUGAUGACUUUGGUCAUGGUGCACACUGAAGUGUCAACAACCAUUUCCAACGCUGGGUCGAACAGUCCACUUCUCGGCGAGAUCAUUUCGUUUCUCCUUGAAAAUACCUCGCAGGCCCUUCUAGAUGGGUUCAAAGAGCGUCAGCCAAACACAUAUACUCUUGCCUCCCUCAUGCAGGCCACACUCGACACCGAAUUCCUCGCGCAGACCAUGUCUCAGUACGCGACGCCCAAAGCUGGUGAAAUUCAAGGGCAAAUAUACACCGAGCUGGACAAGCGAACGACCAACGACGCAAGACAAAGGCUGCAACAAGAAUUGGGAGACAUGCGCAUCGUGUUGAAGAAGCUGCGCGAAGGUAGUAGGAAUAGUUUUGGCUGCUUCAAGCGGCCCAGACCGUCUGUGACCGACAAGGACCGAGGCCGAAAGUUGACAGGAUGAGCGUGAUGGUCGAGACUCGCAACAGGGUGGUUUGUAGGUUGGCAGAAAAUAU